CCAUUUUCUACAUUGUUUAUCCUGUGUGUGCAGGAUCACUAGCGACCGGGGAUAAGCUGGAGCCUAUCCCAGCUCCUUUAGUGCGAGAGGCCGUAUACAACCUGGACUGAUCGCCUAUCAAUCACAAGACUCUCCAGCAUGAAGUUCCUCAUCGAGCUUCUCUCUGUCAUGGCUGCUCUCCUGUGGAUCGCAGGGUGUGACGAGGUGGUCUAUGCCGCAGAAGGAGCUACUGUCGAUCUCAGUACCGAGGGGCUUCAAGUCAACACGGGCUACUGGUACUGGUCUCGGACUACCUCCCGGCAAGACCGGUUGGCCUGGCACAACCCUCUCAGCGACUGGAUGUUUACAAACGAUAAGCGCUGGGCAGGCAGGUUGUCCGUUUCCAGAGAUGCAUUCAAGAUCACAAAUGUUCAACAGGAAGACUUCGGCACAUUUGUCCUCUCCAAACUUGUCAAAAUAAGUGAUGUCAGACCAGUCAAGACCUUUAGACUCUCCAAAAUCACAGUGUCUGCCCACCCGUCCUCUUCCCUGGUAGCUGGAGAACCUGUGACGCUUUCCUGCCAUGUGGACAGUGCCGACAAUGACAACAUGGCUGACAUAUAUUGGUUGAGUCCGGCGGGAAACAGGAUUCGUCAGCGUGAAGGAAAAGUCCAAGUGUACGUUACAGGCCAAGACAACGGCAUAUGGAGCUGCGUUGUCACAAGGGAACAAAAGGAGGCCAGGGCCACAGUUUCCAUCACUGUUCUUGACCUCCUCCCGGCUCCUCUGCAUCCUCAUUAUGUGGCGGAACAGUCGAUUCUCAACAUCGACUGUUCCUUUCCGUCUCACCUGUCUUGGAAACAAUUCAAAGCCAGAGGCCUCCAGGAAGUCCACUGGUACUUCAUCCCUAAACCGCCGUCACGUCUUGUUACCGAGAGUCAACAGAAGCUCUUCUCCAUCUCCCUGGUGGAUAAGAAUUUGGCCUGGACGUUUGUUCAAAGCAGGGGCUUUACUCCUGUCCCAGGCCUCCUAAAGGGAAACGUGUCUUUGAACAGCAAGAGUGUGACAGCAGAAGACAGGGGAGACUACGUGUGCACCUUCAACUUUAGCAGUCAAUUGCUUCUGAAAAGGACUGUGAGCGUUGAAGUGCUGCAGAUCGUCUCCUCUGCGGGUCCAGCCCUUCUUCAUGGCCAACCUGUCAAUCUGACCUGCAGUUUGGGUCAUACGUUGCCCUCGGAUAUCUCUGUGAAAUGGUUCCCACCGGAGCGCUCCUCCAUGUGUUCCCAGCUCAGCGCUGAGCAUCACCCGACCCGAAUCGUCAUUCCGAAAGUGAACCAAGAAGACAACGGGAUAUGGAAGUGUGAUCUGAGUCAUGGCGGCACAUCUCUGACGUCGGCUGAGAUAACGCUGAGUAUCACGACAAAGUGGAGCGUGUGGAUGCUUGUGACCAUAUGUGGAGCUGCAGUCACCAUCUUUGUCCUUCUCCUCCUUAUUUGCAUCACCUGGAGACACAGACAGCGGAACAUGAUACACAGACAGCAUGGAUUCUGCCGGUGUAAAACCCCCAAGCCAAAAAGGAUACUACAGAAGAUAACACACCCUGCAGAAUAUCCCCUUUCAGCAUAUUAAAGGUGCCCGUCAUGCAAAAUUGACUUCUUAAUGAUGUUCCAGGCCACGCAGCUUGGAGACCCGAGUUCAAUUCCACCCUCGGUGAGGAGUUUGCAUGUUCUCCCCGUGCAUGCGUGGGUUUUCUCCGGGUACUCCCACAUUCCAAAA